AUGGAACAUUUAUACGUAGAGGCACUUUUAGCUAAUUGCAUUCGCCUAAGGGCUUUGGAUUUGAGUCAUUCAAAAAUUCAAACAUUGCCUGAAUCGAUUGGUGAAUUGUUGCACUUGGGGAAUUUGGAUCUUUCUCAAAACCAAAGACUAGAAGGGGAUGGCAGAGUUGAAUUGCCUUCGCAGGCUAAUACAUUUAUAGUCGGUGGUAAAGGGAUUUAUUCAACUGCGAAGCAAUGGUUUGAUGGACUGGAAGAUCUUAAGGCUAUGAACAACCUCAAAGGUCUGCUUUGUAUCCAGUUUAAGUGGUCUAAUAAUGUUGUUAAGAAAGUAGAUGGAGAUGUGGAUACUGAGGAAGCAAGAAGAUUGAUGGAAGAGCUGCAACCACAUUCAAAUCUCAAGCAGUUACUAGUAUCUGGGUACUGUGGUGUGAGAAUGCCUGGUUGGACAACACUUCUUCCAAAUCUUGCGUAUAUUCUUCUUAAGAAUUGUAAGGAGUUGCAGUACCUGCCGUGUCUUGGAAGCCUGCGUCAUCUCAAAUCCCUCAGCCUUAGUAGUUUACCUAAGUUGGAGUAUAUAGAAAUUAGUCAAUCAGUUUUCAGUUCCACGCCUGGAUCAGAAUGUGCUCAAGGAGUAUCAAUCUUCCCCUCCUUGGAACGCCUGCACUUGUUUCGUUUGCCAAAGUUGAAAGGAUGGAGAGAUGAUUUUCUUCACCUUGAAGAUAACAAAAAACAUGCAAUUAUGUCUCUCUCACUUGCGUACAGUGAGCUGCCCGGAGUUGACUUCGUCGCUGAUAAGGAAAAAGUGGUACCCGUGCCAAAAAAAAGGAAGGAAACUCCAGCAAAUGUACAGUCUGCGAAGGGGAAAAAAAUCAAACAUGUGCAAGAAGACAGUGAUGAGGAGGAACAAGUGGCAUUUAGACAACGUAUUCCACCAGCCAAAUUCAUGAAACAUGUUAUUGUAGGACUUCCGGAAGCUCACAAGCAAGCUGUAAGGGAUGUAGGCUUUGGGUCCUUCCUACUAUUGGACCUGGAUUCUAACAAAAACAGUUUUUGUCACGAGCUUGUGGCAAGGUUCAACCCCGACAGAGCCUCCCUUCAAUUGCCAAAUAGAGAGGAGAUAGAAGUCCUCCCGGAAGACGUCCAUGCUCUGAUUGAGACCCAAAAAGAUGAAGAUGUAACCAAUGAAUUCAUCUGGAAUUUCAUUGUGGCUGCCAUAAAUUGUUGUGUACGAUCUACAUCUCGUUCAACAUUAAAUUUUAAAUUUUUGUAUUGCUGUGAGAAUGUCUCACAAAUUAAGACUUACGACUGGUGUACAUACACAUUUGAGAAUCUGAUAAACUCCGUAGCAGAAUGGAAAGAAGGAGCUGCAUACUUCACAGGACCUCUGCCAUUCUUGAUGGUUAUGUACUUUGAUAGACUGAAGCGUGGUACAGCUCAACCACGAAGGACAAUACCCCUAAUAGCCGUUUGGAACAAGCAGAUGAUACAAGAACGAAUGAAGGUGGAAAAGAAGAGAGGAUUUGGACAAGGUAAAGUCCUUGACAGGUUAACUGCUAUAAACACAAAUUCUGGUGAAGAAAAUCAAGGCCCUUCGUCGUCCUCUGCUCCUGAAGAUGUUAAGGGAUUUAUACUUGAUGAAUUCAACAACAUUUCCAAGGAACUUACUGGCCAUGUCCAGUCAAUGUAUGCACUGAUUGACAAGGCAUACAAAUUGAUUGAGGAGGUGGAUAUCCCAGAUGAGAUGAAGGAGCUCAUAAGAAAUGUAUGGGGCAAGUACACAUCAGUACAGCCCACUAUGAGUUCCCAAGGAAUCAACACCCCGGGUUUUCUAUCUCAAGAUGAGAACUUAUUUCAUGAGCCAGCGUUUUUAUCUGAGCUCAGUGAUGUGAUGAACAAAGCAUGGCCAAACUAUAAUCUAUUUGUAGGUUCACAGGCGUUGCCUCCAACACCCCCAGCAAAAGGAAAGUCACUAGAGCAGGAAGAAUCUCCAACGAAGCAGCACUUGGAGUAA